UGAGCCCCGUAAACUGCGCAGUCGUAUUUAAGCAUAUCCGAAUUCGAGGUGGAUUAUUGACAAUUACGAUUCCGGGGCACCAAUUUUCAUGGUUUGGCCAGCAAGGACGCUGUUCCAUUGAAAGCUGAGGCAGAAGUUUGUGUGUUGUAUCUGCUGCCAGACUUCGGUAAUCGCUGAAGUACCUUCCCCUGCAAAUUAAAUUCGGUUUUCCUGUCCAAAUUUAAAAUGUUUGCUUUGCCAGGAUCCGCUAUGGAUGUUUUGGAAAAUAUGGAAGGGGACAAUGUGCUAAACUUGUCCAGGAUGAAUCUGGAUACGGUGGCUUUGGAAGACAUCAGUGAAGAAAAGAAAAGCGAGACUCGUCAGUUACUGUUGACACACAACAGAUUUACCGUUUUCCCUGGAAAUAUCGCGCAUUUAAGGAAUCUGUUGUUCCUAGACAUUAGUUCCAAUGGGCUGGCCCACAUCUGCGAUCAAAUCUUGGAACUUACCAAACUUAAGACUUUGAUAGCCAAAAACAACAGAAUGGAUGAGUUCUCGCUGCCCAAAGAUUUUGGAAAGAUGAGUUUGGAGGUUGUCAAUUUCAGCGGCAAUCGUUUUGAGGAGGUACCUUCUCAGCUCCUAGAAUUGCAAAGACUCAAAUCUCUUUCACUUGGGGGAAACAGACUUAAAACGAUUCCACCAGAAAUAGAGAACUUAACCAGCUUAGAACUGUUGUACCUAGGUGGAAAUGGAAUUCUAUCAAUCCCUCCAGAACUUGCAAACCUACCAUACCUAAGCUAUCUGGGACUGUGUGACAACCGCAUUCAAGGUCUUCCACCACAGCUUGCACAGCUGAAUUCCCUACGGUCACUCAGUCUUCACAAUAAUUUACUUACAUAUCUUCCUCAAGAAAUCCUCAACCUGGUCCACCUGCAGGAGCUCAGUCUACGUGGCAACCCUCUUGUUGUGCGGUUUGUAAAAGAUCUAAUCUACAACCCCCCAUCACUACUUGAACUGGCUGGUCGGAUUGUGAAAUCCCGCAACUUUCAGUAUACUCACAAAGACAUGCCUGGAAACUUGGUCAGCUACUUGGAUUCAGCCAGCAAGUGCCCAAAUCCCAAGUGCGCAGGAGUUUACUUUGACUCUUGUGUUCGUCAUAUCAAGUUUGUCGACUUCUGUGGCAAGUACCGCCUGCCACUCAUGCACUACCUGUGUUCACCACAAUGCUACUCGCCCUGCAGCUCAAACUCUCAGAGCGACUGUGAUUCUGAUGAUGAAUUCAACGUCCCCCAACACCGGAUGCAGAAAGUUCUCCUUGGUUAACUGCUCAUUUAUAGAGACGUGAAGAUUUGGAUUUCUGUAGUCCUGGAUGACUUGAACCCAUCUAAUGCAAUGUGUCAGGGUUUUGUUGAAUCCAAUCAUGAAAACAACUACACUAACAUUCAAAACUUCACAUCAGAUUUGUAGUUCAUUGGUUUGCACAGUAUUCUUAAUCUUUGAAGUAUUAUCACAGACUCUUUAAGUAUUUGUAUUAAAGGAUUAUAUUUUUAUGCCAGUAAUUUUGAAAUGUUCUGGUAUUCUUUAAUGGACAUGCAAAGAGCUAUUUUAAAUAACAAUAGUCUAAAAUAUUAUGUGAAGCACAGCUUUAAUAUGUAAAAAAAAUUAUCAAACUUGUAAUCUUCCAUUUGAAAUGCUAACCUUUACAUUUUUCCUUAUAACCAGUUUUCCUUAUAAGGAGAUCCUGUUUGUAAAGUUAGAAUAUACCAAGCAGCAAUUCAUUUUUUUUGAUUAUUGACGGACUGGAUUAGAUAGUGGAGUCAUGUUCUUUGCUGGAAUUAUUGCUUCAGUGGCAGCCUAUGGAUGAAUAGAGAUCCUUGAUUAUUUGGAUAAAGGACGCCCACCCUUCCACACUUCUAUCAUGUGCCAUUUUCUUCUGUCAUAAAAGGAGGCCAUUUUGGCCAAUCAAUUCAAUGGCAGCUCACAGACCGAUCUCAUUCCCUUCUAAUUUUCCCUGUAACCUUCUCUCUCCACAUUCCCAUCAAUACGCCACCCCCAGAUUUUGCCACUCAUCUGCACAUUAGGGGCAGUUUACUGUGACCAAUUAAGCUAGCAACCUGCUCGUCUUUGUUUUGUUUGAUGAAACCAGAUUGCCUGCAGGAAACUUGUAUAGUCACAAGGGACUCAACAGCGAGUUUAACAUGGACAGCAUUGAAGGUCAGGAUUGACCCCAGGUCACAAGAGCUGUGAGGAAGCAGCUAUACUAGGUGUGUCACUGUGUGAAAAUAGGUGGGAGGGUAUGUUGUGAUGAGGACAUUGUGAUUCUCCAAUGGAAAAUAGAUUCAGUAAUUGGGUGAAAACCUGACCAAUAGAGUUUUAAUGAGAAGUGCAAGGUCAUGCACUUCACUAAGAGGAAUUAAAAGGUAGAUUAUUAUCUAAAUGGAGAGAGACUGCAAAUGAGUGAAAUUCAGAGAGAUUGAAGUGUGCUAUUGCAUUAGCAGGCAGAUCCAACAUGUACUUAAGCAGGCAAAUGGUAUUUUGGACUUUAUUGCAAAGGGGUUGGAGUUUAAGAAUAGAGAGCUGUACAGGUUGGCAAGGCCACACCCAGAAUACUGUGCACAGUUAUGGUCCCCUUGCCUAAAAAAAGGAUAUAGUAGUAUUGGAAGCAGUCCAAAUGAGAUUUACCAGACUAAUUCUUGGGAUGAGAGAGUUGUCCUAUCAAGAGAGACGAAACAGUUUGAAUGUGUAUUCUUUGGAGUUUAGAAGAAUGAGGGAUGACCUUGUACAAACAUAUAAAAUUCUAAGGCAGCUAGUUAGGGUAGAUGUUGAUGUUCUCACUAAUAGGCGAGUCACGAAGAAGGGGACACAGCUGCAAAAUAAGGGGCUGGAUAUUUUAAAAUGUGAUGUCCAGAAAUUUUCUUCUCUGAGGGUAAUGAAACUCUGGAAUUCUAUGCCCCAGAGGAUGGUAGAGGUCAGAUAUAUUUGAGGUGGAGAUGGAUAAAUAGUUGAAAGAUUAAGGAAGUGAGGGUUAUGGGGAACUGGUGCAGAAGAGAAGUUGAGGCCAACAUAGAUCAGCCAUGAUCAUAUUGACUGGUGGGGCAGGCUUGAGGGGCCUUGUAGUCAAUUUCUGCUCAUUUUUAUCUCUAUUUGCUAUUGAAUAAACCAGACCAAAAUUUAAAAAAAAUACAAAUAGUCACAAAUUAAAUGACAUGGUAGUAUAUAUAAAAAAAAAUGUCUGCAAUGAAAUCCUUAGGCUAAAGGAAAUGAUUACAAUCCACUUAGGAGGUAUUGCACAUUUGUCAGUGUACAUCUUAAGCUUCCUUUCCUGAUGUUCAUUAUUUAUUCAUGUGGAGAAUUUGUAUUGUUUUGUGCAGUUUAGUUAAGUUACAGGAAGCAGGAAUGUUUCAUGGAUCCCUACAAUUACACUGAUUUUAUGUCUGACAAUCCCUGAAUACUUCUAUUGAUGGAUGGCUGGAUGUUGGGGAAGAGACAGGCAUCCCAUUUUACAUGCAAAACUGGAAGAAGAAUGUUCCCCACUGUGAGCUCAAAUAUCUUGUGGAAUUUAUUGUGUAUUAUAGUUUUACUUGGAACAUUUGGAGCUUCUUUCUUUCAAAAACAGGAUACUUACCUUUCAUUUCAUCCAGUGCUGUUAAAAUGAAUUGCAUCCUGUCCCCUAGUUUUGUAUAGGCUGAUGUUUCAUUAUUUUUAUGCUAGAAUUAUGCUAUUGAAAGGAAUAAAUGGGACUUUGUGAUGGAACAAUCUACAUCAGCAAAGUAUAUGUAAAUGAGAUAUUAAACAGGUUUAUUCUAAUGUAAAGCCAGUUUAUUAAGUAACACUGGAUACUAAUGCAAGCUAUUCAUUAGUCAAAUUUUAGGAGGGUGAAACCUUCAGUAAAUUGCACAGUAUAGACAAAUUUAUUGGGAAUUCAGGGGCUUCUUUGAUACUAAUUCUUUUAUUCUGUUUGAUUGAAAACACCAACAAGAAAAUACUAACCAUAUGUGCAUUGAAAAUGUGAAUGAGCUGAAAGGACUCAAGAGAUUCAUCACCAUAUUUUUAGCUGUGAAUCAGCAAAGUAAAAAGUAUUAUUGAACAGAAAUCUGUUUGACUGCAAGCUCUGCAUUUGGAAGGAUCACUAAUAGUUUUUUGUGUUGUUCAUUGUAGACCUGAAUAAAAAUCAUGAAUAAUACUUUUUAAUCCAUAAUGGGGUAAUUCUCUGAUCUUUUUUCUCUCAGCAGGGAGAUAGUCUCAGAAACUGGAAGUUGGAAAAAGAGCUCCUGUACUGUGGUUUUUAUCUCACUGGUUUGGCUGUUUGUCAGCAUUUAACUAAAAUGGGAUUACAGGAUUGUUGAAUUAUCUCUGGAACAUUCUAUUAUGUUGGUGUUUAUUCUACACAAGUAUCAGUGAUGUAAACCUAAUGAAUCAUUUUCCAUUGAACAAUUCAAUUGCCUAAUAAUAAAGAAGCCUGCAGCAUUGUUGCAGUUUUUUCAAAUGGAAAAUUACAUCACCUUGAUUAUCACCAUGAUUUACGUUUCUGACUGGCAUCACCAAAUUAUAAUCCAACAUUAUAAUUGCUAUUGUACAACACAAUGUUUUGUUUUUACUAGGUAUAGAAGAAUUUGGAGCAUUCAGCUAUGCAUAUGUGGGCAAUUGAGCACAAAAUGUAUGAAAAAACAGGAGGAGGCCAUUGUCCUCCUGUGUCUGCUCUGCCAGUCACUUUAGUCAUGGUUAACCUUUUAGCUCAGCACCUCUUUCCUGUACUGUCCCAUAUCCCUUGGUUCCUGAAUAUCCAAAAAUCUGAUGAGUAGGCAGCUGUUUAAUCAAAAUUAGGAAAACAAACCUUUCCUGUUAGUGAUGAAUUAAUCCUGUUACGUUUGGGAUUUCUGCUUUGGUCUUGCCAGUAAUUUUAUUGUGCUACUCUGCUAGAUAAUCAGAUCCCUGGGCUUCGUGUAUAUUUAUAAAAUCUCCAUAUUUCAAUACAGGUCAAAGUGUCUGCAAAAUUGGGCAACUUUAUUAUCGAUUAAAUUUUAAAGGUUAAUCCAAUGCUUGAGCCUCUUCGUGAGAACUAAUGCUUGCUAAAGAUGCAUUUUGGGGUAAAAAAUUACUGGCUGCAUGCCAUGUUUUUUUGUGAUCAAUAACUACUUUUGACCUCUGGCAUGAUUGCUUCUGCCUACAACAAAAUACCCCAGCACACCAGUAUUUUCAGGAAGAAGACAAGGAAUGUGACUUUUACAGGAAACCCAUAAUAGACAGAAUAAAUGUAAAUAAUAUUCUCUGUAAAAUUCUCCUUAAUACAUGGCAAUCAAUAACCACCUUCCUGCACUAAUUUCAAGUUUAUUAAAACAUUCAAAUACCAUUUAAUUAAAUCUGAAAGUGGGCAUUUAGGAACUGGAAUAGAGUUAAUGCGAGAAAUUCACAAUUACAUAGCCAUCCAACGAAUCCUCUUCAAGACUACAGUCGCAUAUGAGGUCUGGAAACCAAUCAAUCAGGCAACAGGGUCUUAUUUCUAGGUAUGGAAUAUCCUAGUUGUAUUGAACAAGUUGAGUAGAUUUUCAUGGACUGGCAUUUUAACAUUAUUGCAAGAAACUUCCAAUUUUCUUCUACAUAUCUCUCGGGUUUCGGUUCAUGUGUUAGGUAUUAGAAAUAAGUAUUUUGCAGGUAAACAAACUUUAAUUUUAAUGGAUUGUAUUACCACAUUUUCUACAGAAUGUAAUUGUUGUUUUCAUUGGGAGGGAAUUUGUAAUAAAGUCAGUCAUAUAGCAUGAAAGAGGCUCUUCAUCAUACCAAAUCUGCACCAGCCACAAGGCACCCAUCCAUUAACUUUAAUCUCCCUGUAUCCCCAUCAACUCCUCUUCAGAUUCUAUCACUUGCCUGCAGGCACAAGGUGCAAUUUGAACUGCAAACCAACAUUAGAUAUAGAACAUAUGUAAGUCAAAUAUUUGUGUUUACAUAUAUUUAUAUAUUCUGUUUCUUUGGAAUACUCCACCAAAUCCCUGAAUUCUGUCACCAAAGUCUAUGAUUUUCCUCUGGGUCCUCUUGGUGUAUGGAAUACUAAUGCACAGGCAUCCAGACAAGCAUAUUAGGGUUUAACAAUGUAUAACAUUCAUCUAUAUGCCACUUUAGUAACACUUGUCCCCAGUGCAUGUCCCAGCCUGUGUGGACCAGCACUGAGAAUCAGCUUCAUUAAAUAAACACUUAACCCUUAAAACCAUUCUCGCUCAAGCAAUUCCCUACCCAGCUCAUAAUCACCAAACAAUCCAUCAAAAUUGCCAAACUAGCUUCCUUGAAUGCAGCUGCCUAUCAGAUCAGCACUGUGUGUUUGGUGUGUUGCACAGGACUUGGUCAGUAAUUGAUCAAAAGCAAUCAUCAGUCUACACUCCCAGGAAUAUCAGGUUUUUCUAUUGCAGCACAAGACUAGGGACACCUAGCAGGCAAGUCAUCAGCUCAAACUGGAUCUUUUGCCUACCCCAGUGCUGCAUCAUUACAGGUGACCCCCCCCCCCCCCCCCCCCCCCCCGUUACGGCAAUUCGGGUUACAGAAAUUCAGCCUUAUCAAAUUUACAUAUCACUACCCAAAAAUCUAAAAUACAGAAUAAAAUUUGAUCUUAUGGAAUUUAUGGGGGGUGGUGGUGGGGGGAGAAGAAUUAAAUCAAUAAGGGCGAAUGAAACAACAAAUUUUUAUUCAACUUUCAUUUCAUGAUACAUCCACAGAUAAAGUGGCAGGUUUUUUUUAGCAUGGUAGGUGCAAUUUGCUAUAUCGAAGUUUCUUUUCUAGAGUUUUCCAUUUACCCUCAAGAUGUCUAAAACAGGGCCAGCAAGUUUAAA